AUGUACGAUGUGGCAGUGCUGGUCGACGACUGUUUCGAUUUUGUCAUGAAAGAUCUUAUCGUGGAUCGCGAUAAUGCUGAUCGCUGUUUACUGCAUUUGGAGAACGCGCUGACCUGGGCUGUUGGUAUCGAAUGGAUCGUGGAAAACUGCUUGCACUUCGUGGACGUGCACUGCAAGGAAAUCCUCAAGUCGGAUCGAUUCGCCGAAUUGCGACCCGACACACUGCGACAAAUUCUGGAACGCGACACGUUGUUUGCCGACGAGAGCCGCAUCUGCUUGGCGGUGGACAGAUGGGCGGUGGCUGCCUGCACUCGUAACAAUUUAGAGCCCACGUCCGCCAACCGGUGCGAAGUCCUGGGAGAUCUGUUUUACCUCAUUAGAUUCCCAGUAAUGACCAUCGUCGAGGUAGCCGACGUGCCCGAAAACAAUGGAUUAUUAGAAGCAUCAGCGUUAAAAGAAAUACGCCACCACAAACAUCGAUUCCCCACGGAGCCCCGGCAGGCCCCGGUCAUCCAUAUCGGGAAUAUGGAAUUCCGGCACAAGGAAGAGAUAUUCGUGGAACGAGAGGAGAGCUGGUGUCCUGCAGUUGUGGUUGGAACACGUGGAUCCGAAGUCUUGUAUGUGCCCGCUAAUAAUACAAAACGGGUGUGCCACGUGGAACAAGAGAAAAUAAUCCGCGCAUCGGACAUUUUGGCUGCUAACCAGCACGUUCUUCAUCGCCAUCACCCUAAGCGUUACACGGAGGCAAGAUAUGCCAGAAGAGAACGGGAUUACCACAUCACCGUGUCUAACACUUCCUCCCGCAUAGAACGACGGUACAAGUUCAACGAGAUUUUCUUGAAGCACUCUCGAGUGAAAACAUGGAAGAGAGCCAAUGAGAAGGGCAACGCGAAAGAUUCCAGUGCCCCAGGGAAAAAGCGUUCACUGGAGACGGCUGACCUUGGGUGAAUCUUUGACAGUGGUCCCACUCUGCACAGUGCACACCGACGUUGGACGCAGUUUUGUGCUAGCAUAAUGGCUCUUCAGUUCGCAAGUGGGUGCGGCGAGAGAAGAUAAUGAUGAGAGAGAAUAUAUAUAUAGGAUAAUUAUGGAAAGAGUUUACCGUAUGGCGUACGUGAAACCACAAGAAAUCGUCAACGAAUGGGCUGCUGAUUCAAUGCGACUGCACAGCA